UAUCUACUAUUGUUAUUUCUUCACCAGUUAUCACCACCUACAAGGAACCCAUCUCUGGUUGGAUCGAUAACAUGUAUGGCCCUUGCGGCAUAAUUGUUGGCAUCGGUUCCGGUGUGUUGCGCGUCUUCAGCGGGAAGGUCGACAACAAAGCCAAUAUAGUGCCAGUGGAUUUGUCGGUGAAUGCGUUGCUGGCCAGUGCUUGGGAUAUAGCGCGCAAGACCUAUGAUACACCACCCAUCUACAACUAUGUGCCAGAUGCCGACAACAUGGUCACCUGGAAGGAGUAUAUGGAAUAUGGCUUCGAAUAUGGCUGCAAUAUACCGAUGCGCAAGUCAAUUUGGUAUCCACGUUUCACAAUUGUUCCCUGGCGUUGGCAAUUUGUGAUUUUGUCCUUUUUAUAUCACACAGUGCCAGCCAUGUUUAUGGAUCUGUCCAUGAUUGUCGUUGGCAAGAAGCCUAGAAUGUUGAAAAUAUAUCGGAAAAUACAUAAAUUCUGUUCUGUGAUGGAAUACUUCAGUUCAAAUGAUUUCAAAUUCGAUAAUGAUAAUGUGCGUGCGUUGUCGGAGAAACUCGAAGGUGCAGAUAAACAGAUAUUUGGCUUUGAUAUGCGUCAUCUCGAUUGGAAGGAAUUGUUCCGGGUCAGCUUAGUGGGAUUACGUCUUUAUGUUGUGAAGGAUGACCCCCGAAGUGUGCCAGAGUCGAUAAAGCGUCAUGAGCGGUGAGCUGAAGAAUAAAAAGAAGA